AAGUCAGUAGGAUACAGAUGGGGAGGGAGGAUGUUAAGUUUAGCCGGUGUCGACUUAGCGUGGACAGUGUGUCAAGAUCACUCGAUUCACCUCGAACGCGUCGAGGACCGAUUGUUGCUUCUCUUUUCUUUGGGUCAGCGGCGGACCGGGUUCGCCGAAGGCACGAAGCGUCGGAAAUUUCGUCCACCGGAACAGAAUCUAAUAAGAGCCGUCUCGUACGGGCGGACGCGAGGGGUGAAGGGGUGGCAUUUCUACGAGCGGUAGUCGAGUGUCUUGAAAUCGAUAGACUUUCACGUAUAACGACGAACGUGAUUCCGUUUAGCCGAGGCGCGAGUGAAAGGUCAUGGUGUGUCUAGUUGCAGAGAUCGAUUUGCUGGAGACGUGACCCGCCAUUUUGCUUUUCUCCAACUAGAUUUCGGGACGUCGUCGUUCCACCGCGUGACGUACGCACGGUGAACCUUCGUGGACCACGGGUUAUACUGGGUGUUCCCUGAAACGUAGUACAACUGAGGAGGACGUGAAUCUAUAUGAAAAAAUAAGUGGGAAAUAGAGAAUAUUUUCUCCUAGAGAACUUUAUUCCCGAUGGAUUUCCAGUUACGAUUUAUCAAUGUUUGGAAGAAGUUACGAGCAGGCACAGCGGUGAAGUUAUCGGAGUGUUACAUUCUCACCGAUUUGGAUGGUUUUUGAAUAUAUUAUAGAAAUCAAUAUUUUUCAACUUGAUUAAUUCCUUUAUAUAACAUGCGGUUUCGUUUAGUUCUCGAGAUAUCUGUAAAAAACUGUCGGUACCUUUACAUACAAUGAAUUCUGUGCCCGUGGCAAUGUAUCGUACAAAUACAUUCUAAGAACUUCACUGUGAGCAUCGUUAGCUACCGGGCUCAGCAGGCAAUCUGAUUUUCUUUAAUAGAUAUAAAAGAAAAUAAUAGUAACGUAAGGAAAGAAUCGAGUCUAGCUUUGUUUACACUUUAUACUAAGACCACCGUGAGACGACUGCAUAACAAUGUGGUAUCACAUGACGCACAAUUGUAAACAGAAUGCAUUGUACUGCCAAUUUCUCGUGUGCCGCACGCGGCCGCACGGCUAAAAGGAGGUGAUUCUACAUGUAAAUGACAGAAAGAAUGAUGCUGCGGGGGGUGACAGUGGUUCCGGCGAUGGUCUGGCUAGCGGUGUGUGUGACGAUGGUGGGGGCUACCAGCUACCUCCACCCCUCUCGCCUCACACCCGAUCAAUACGCCCCUUUGAUCUCGCACCGCCAUGGAUUCUAUAGAAGUAUAGAGGACCAGCCGAAUUGGAAGGAUCAGGGUCCUGCGGAGAAUCAGUCGUUCGACCCCUCGAUCGGUCCGCGGAGAUCGAUGUCUGCUGAUACCCAAACCAAGGAUCGAUCAUUCAGCGUCAAAUACGCGGGGAAAGAUCUAUUGUUCCCUUGGAUAGGGAACAGCACCUCUGAAGAUUUUUCAUACUUGCUGCAGGAUAAACAGCUCCUCGAUUUCGCCGGCCAAAAAUUGCUAGAUCAGAAUAUUACUGAUCGAAGCACAAAAUCUCCAGGAUUAUCUAUCCAUGAGCUACCACCCGAGUCAGAUGAUCCUUUCGUGGCCGAUGACACGUUCCAGGAUCAAGGGCCUGGCUCGGUAGAAAUAUACAAGUUGGAUCUGCUUAGAGAACGUCCUCUACUAAACCCGAUACCCAUGUCCAUACUGCCAACGAAUGGCAAAAGCAAGGUGCCAAAGAAGACCAGUCACAGCAGUUGGGAAACGAAGACUAUGGAAUACAAGACUACCAGUCCAAGGAUCCUCCACAAGCAAUCGAAUUCCUUCGAUGACCACAGCUCGGACGCGCCUCUUAACAGCGAUCCUUUUAGUAUCGGUGGGGUACCGGAGCUGCAGGUCGGUUGCGAAGGACUGGAAGCAACCAAUCACAAGCAGAAAAGGUCCAUCGACUCUGCGAGCAAGGAUCAAGAAGGCGACUUGUGGGCGGAGGUAACUCCGAUAUCCUUGGACUUGGAUUUUGAUCUGUCCGAGGAGAAGUAUGAGGAGAUAGAUGAAUUGGUAAAGUUGAAGAAACUAGAGACCUCGACGAGGGGGUUGAAGCAGAACAGGGGAGAUAUGGAGGCAACUUUAUACGCAGAGUUUCAGGAUAACGAGAAACGUGGGGACAAGUUGCCAGUCCGCGGUGAUCUGGGCAAGUCUAGCGCAAACAGUGACUCCGCCUCGCCUGCCAAGAUCGUCCAUAACAAUCGCAAGGCCGAAGGCGGGCGCAGCCCAGCUAAAGUGAAGCGAAGCGUCCAGCUCGAGAGCACCGAACAAUCCACGGAUCACUGGCCGACUAAUCAAGUUCGCAAAAUCCUGUGGGCUAAGGAGUCGAUUACCGAUGACCUUUCCGAGCACCGGAAACCCUUGAAGCGAGCAACUUGGGGGUUCGGAGAGGACGAGGGCGUGGUGUCUAGCGACGAGCUGCAAACGGAGAAUCAGCGUCGGAGACUGGAGUACGAGAGACGCAGAAAAGAGGAGGAAUUAAGGAGACAAGAGAAGAGUCGUGAGAGGGAGGCCGUCGAGAAUGGAACUAACAUGGACAUAGAAAGGAUCAGGAGCGAUUACGCCAAGUUGUUGGCGCAGAAGCAGGAAGAAGAGAGGCGUAGAGAACUGCAUCGUUCGUAUUCGAACAGACGACAGAUGAAGGAAGAGCAUAGACGUCGCCUUCAAGAAGAAGAAUUAAGAAACCAAUGGCUAGAUGAAGAAAGGAGGAGGCAGGAGGCUUCCCGCAGAGAACUUGAGUCUCGCUCGCGUGAUGAAACCUCGCGUUUGCGAGCGGAAGCAGAAGCGAGAAGUAGAGAACAGGAGCAGGAUAGGAGAAACCUGGAGAACAGGAGGCGCGAGUGGUGGCUGAAGAGACAAGAGCAAGAAGAGGAAGAAAGAAGGAAACAGGCCAGGGGCAGGGACGAGCCUUCGAGUGUGCGAGUCAAUCCUAACGAGGGUAGAUCUAGGGAACAAUGGGAACGGGAGCAAAAACUUCGAGAGUACAUACAACGCAAUCGGCCGAUUAAUGUGAAUAGCUCCGCGGACUGGCGAAAUCAGGAAGCGAACCGUAGAAGGCUGGAAGAGGAACGCAAGUUGCAAGACUAUAUCAGGAGGAAUCAACCGAUCCAGCUGCCGAAGGCGAAUGCUUCUCACGAAAGCAACUGGCAGGAGCACAGAAGAAGGAUGCAAGAAGCGGCAUGGUAUGACCGAUCGAGGUAUCCGAGUCCCGGGGGCGGAAGAAGAGAUCACGGUCCGUCAGCCAUGACGAACGUCAAUCCCAGAAGCUACGCGGAGGAGGCUAGAAGAAGGGACGCGACUCGAAGAGCUGAAGAAGAGAAAAUUCGAGAAAGGGAGAGGCUCGAGCAGGAGCAGCUAAGGAGAGAGGCUUCAAGGCGAGAGGAAGAGGUCCGAAGGAUACAGUCGAGCAGAUACGAGGAGCAACGAAAAAGGCUGGAGGCCGAGAGACGGAAGAUAGAGAUAGCGGAGAGGCAUGCUGGAAGAACGAGUCAGCGGGAAAAUAUGGGUUCGGUGUAUGGGGAUCGCAGACGGUUUGAGGAGCACAGGAGGAGGCAGGAAACGAGCCUUGUUCCGGCCAAUUUAGUCGCGAACGAGGCUAGGAGAGCUACAGAGCUCCAGAGACAGAGGGUGGAGAUGGAGAGAAGGAGGGCGGAGAUGGAGAGAAGGAGGGCGGAGAUGGAGAGGAGGAGGGCAGAGGCCGAGAUACGAAGGGUUGAGCAGAACAGGGCAAAGGAAGCCAGAGAAAACCAGGAGCGUGCUAGAGCCACGAAAGAACAAUGGAGGCGGCAGGAAGCGGCCAGGCUGAACGCGCUACCAGUGAGUGCGAGGAUAAUAAUCCGGCCUGGAACAUCUUCUCCCACACAGGUUAUUUCGUCAAGGGCAGGUUUUGGGAACGAGAUCGAAUUCACGGGUUUUAAUCCGCAAGGCAAAGGACUCGAGGUGCCCAAUUUCCCAGCACCACCUACUCAGCGUCCACCUGUGAAGAGUCCUCCGCCCUGCGUUUGGGCUGUGGCCCAAUGUUGUUCGUCGAAUAACAAGCGCUUAGUCACUUGUUUCGAGUCCGCAGGCUGUCCGGGUAUCAACUGGGAUCCGAAUCCUUGCAGGAUCGCCAUUAUCCAAGCUGCUAAGGAAGAAAUGGAGAGAUUCUACGAGGAAGCCGAGAAGUAUGGAAGCUUCUAAGCGAGACGGGGUUCAUAUUUCGUAUUGGUUUACCGAGCGAAAUUGAAGUCUAUAGAGGAAAUUAAGGAAAAUGGCUGGAAGAAGUUAAGAGAAAUUCGUAGUAUAAGUUAGUUAGAAGUGAUUAACACUAGAACUACCGAGCAUUUAAUACGAUUAAUAUGUAAUCCGCAUAAAAAUUGUAACAGUAGAUUAUUUUCAGUUUCUUCAGACAUUAAUUAUGGUAAUCAAGUGAAACUAUUUAUUUUCAAAAUUAUUUCGAGUAUUCAAUGCUUUUAAGAUGCCAAUAAUUGCGAAUCAAAUAAAUCGAAACCAGUGAUUUUGACUAUACAAUAGUUCUAGUGUUAAUAGGCCAAUACAAGUCAGCGGAAAGAAUAAGUAGUGUCUUUCCAAAUUAAUAUGUGGUGCCACUUAUUUUUUCUUGUCCACGCAUACGCGUCGCAGAUUUUAAUUUCGCUUGACGCCAUCAUAAUAAAUUAUGAUUUGAAAGGCAGUAAUUAAAGCUACAAUCAGUCAACUGUUCUAGAAAAUAUGGACGAGUGAUUUGAAAUUUAACGAAUUUUAUAUUGACGUGAAAGUUUUAUAGCCUGUACUAAAUGAUGGACAGUUAUCGCAUUGUAAGAACGACUCCAUGCUGCAAUAUGUCUACUUUCCUUAAUAUGUGCAGA